UACCCAGGAGGCUGGGGGAGAUAAAUGGGACUUGAAAAGGGUCAGGUGGGAGGCCAGCGUAGCCUGGCCCCAGCCCCAGCAGCUCCAGCGUUCCCCGGCAGUCCCCCAGGAAGCUGGCAGUGCAUGAUGGCCAGGUGGCCACUGGCGGUGCUCACAGUCCUGAUACUGGGCAGGGUCCUGUUUGUCCCAGGGAGCCCUACCCCCACCUUCCAGCUCCUCCCUCAGAACUAUUCGGAGACUCUUCCCCACUCUGGGACCUUGGAGAACCACUCAGCUGCUACCACAGGGCCCUCAGCUUCUUGGAGCUACUCCAAACCUAAACCUCACCUGGACACGCGUGUCACACUCUCCCUGGACGUCCCCAUCGGCCUCCUGCGGAUCUUACUGGAGCAGGCCCGGACCAAGGCUACCAGGGAUCAGGCUACCACUAAUGCCCAAAUACUUGCUCGUGUGGGCCGCCGCUGAGACUGAGGGAAGGGGUCAUAGAGAUGGGGUGACCCUGGCUGGGACAUUCUGGAGGAAAGCAUCGAAGCUGGACAGUACUACACCUAGACAGAGCACAUACCCGGGCUUUACCAUAGUGGGCCCUGCCAUAGCUUCUGACUGUCCACAUUGUUUUAGACAGCUUGGCCAUAGCGUGUGCUACCAUGUUUCUGUGCCCUUCACACUGGCAUGUAUGCUUGCAAUAUGGAAUCUUGUCAUGCUGGGCUGUGCCUGGCAGGCACAGAGCAUCAAGAUACCACCACGAGAGCUCCAUCAUUAAAUGGCAAGGAGAGAA